UUGGCCAAGAACACUGGUAUUUUAGCCAACACCAGACAACAGUUGAUCGGGCUAGUAUGGCGUGUGAGGACAGAGGCACACGACUGAUGACGAUGGAUGAAGUGCUCGAAAUCAAGAAUUUCAUUCUCGAAAACAACUUGACCAUUGCUGAUGGUUCCAUCUGGGUGCUGAACCCAGUCUCAAGAGCCCCCAUCGCUUUCAAUAUGAAGGCAAACACGCAGAACAUUCGCGCAUCCACUGCUGCUCAUGUCCUGUGCAAGUCGUCAACCAAACUUGAAAAGAAGGCAAGUUGCUGGACGGCUGACAAGUUCCUGCUCUAUCCCACGCAGACCCUGCAGGAUUAUUCUACCUAUUACGCGGCCAUACAUAACUGUGAGCAUCCAAAGGAGAUCAAUGCCAUCAUCCCGCUGCCCUACUUGCACUACUGCCUUGAUUCGCUGACCCGAUACACAGGAACUUACGACUCGUAUUGGAUCUUGCAUCAAGGUCCUGACGAUCCUUUCCGUGCCAGCGAUCUGCAAACGCAUCCUACAACGCAGACUCGGCGUAACAUCUGCUUGCAAAGUGAGUACAUAUUUGCGAUCAGGCUCUGA